GGUAACGAGGGCGGCGCCUAGAACUAAAACCCGGUAUCUUUGUUUCUCUAUUUCUCUUCCUUUUUCCGAUACGCCUGGUAGUGUUCGAUUAUGGAGGUCCUCAAGACGUGGAUAGCUUCUUCGCAGCUUAUUCUUUUGGCCUCCCGGUCGACUUUAGCUGUCGCGACUAGGGCCAGGGCAAGGGUCCGCUGCUGCUCCUCAUCUUCCUUCUCCGCCGUUACAGAUGAAUGCGCGAGAAGCAUUGCGGCGGACGGCAACCAGCGCUCGGAUCGUCGCCGUAGGAGCUCAUCCUCAACAUCAGACAGAGAAUCCAUUCGUGAAAUCCGUCUCCAGAAGGUUGAAGAGUUAAGGAGCCGAGGCUAUGAACCUUAUGCAUAUAAGUGGGAUAGAAGUCAUAAAGCAAGGCAGCUUCAAGAUAUUUAUGCUCAUCUGGAAAAUGGAGAACAGUGCAAGGAUGACUCUGUCUCAGUUGCGGGAAGAGUUAUUGCUAGUAGAAAGUUUGGUAAACUAGCUUUCUGUACUUUAAAGGAUGAAUCUGGAACCAUCCAGCUCUACUUUGAGAAGGAAAGCCUUCCAGAGGACCAGUUUGAGCUGCUAAAGACAUUUAUUGACAUUGGUGAUAUUUUGGGUGCAAGUGGCUCUAUUAAGAAGACAGAUAAGGGGGAGCUUUCUGUUUUUGUAAAAUUUGUCAAAAUUCUUACGAAGUCCUUGCUUCCUCUACCUGAUAAGUAUCAUGGUUUAGCUGAUGUGGAUAAACGUUACCGUCAAAGGUAUGUUGACAUGAUUGCCAAUCCCGAGGUUGCUAGUAUUUUUAGAAUGAGAGCAGAGAUUUUGUCCGAAAUACGCAGAACUAUGGAUUCUUGGGGCUUUAUUGAAAUUGAAACUCCAGUAUUGCAGGGUGCAGCUGGUGGUGCAGAGGCCAGGCCCUUCAUUACAUACCAUAAUUCACUUGAAAGAAAUCUAUAUUUGAGAAUAGCAACAGAGCUGCAUCUGAAGAGAAUGUUGGUUGGAGGAUUUGAAAAAGUUUUUGAGAUAGGAAGAAUUUUCCGGAAUGAGGGCAUCUCAUCACGUCAUAAUCCUGAAUUUACCACUAUUGAGAUGUAUGAGGCACUUUCUGACUACGAAAGUAUGAUGGACAAGGCUGAAGAAAUCAUUACCAGAUGCGCACUCAGAGUACAUGGAAAGCUUAAAAUUAAUUACCUGGGCACAGAAAUUUGUUUUCAACGACCUUGGAAGAGGGAAACAAUGUGUAAUCUUGUUAACGAAGCUACUGGAGUAGACUUUGGACAGUUUAAGAAUGAUCUUAAGGCUGCAAAAGAAGCUGCAAAAAAUAUUCUGAGAGCUACAGGGGAUGAUUAUGAUGCCCUGGUGCAAGCAUGUCCAUCCGUUGGUCAUGUUUUUAAUGAGGUUUUUGAGAUCAUUGUCGUGCCAAAGCUUCUGCAACCAACAUUUGUUCUUGACUAUCCUGUUGAAAUAUCACCCCUAGCUAAACCACACCGAGGGUGUCCGGGCUUGGUUGAGCGGUUUGAGCUUUUCAUUUAUGGCCGUGAACUUGCAAAUUCAUUUUCUGAGCUGACAGAUCCGAUUGACCAGAAAACUCGUCUUAUGGGGCAAAUAGAACAACAUAAUAAAAGGCGGGCGGCAUUUGCUGACCAGAAAAGGGAGAAUGAUGAUUAUUCAUAUGACGUCUCUCUUGAUGAAGACUUCAUAACUGCGUUAGAAUAUGGCAUGCCACCAGCUUCAGGAAUGGGACUUGGAAUUGAUAGAUUAGUGAUGCUUCUUACUAAUUCUGCCAGCAUUAGGGACGUUAUAGCAUUCCCUGUUCUCAAGAGUCAGCAGUAGGAUUUCUUCGGAAAAGCAAAGAUUACCAUUUAGAGCGUGCCUCCUGUAACUUCAUUUAAUAAUCUAUUAAUUUUAAUGCCUCUAUUUUAGAUUCCUUCAA